AAACAGCAUGACUUUGAGUGUACUAUCUGCACAAAACUCGCAUCUCUGUAUCUAAUUAGAAACCACCAGAAUCUUUUAGUUUCAAUUAGCAUGGUGGAAGGAUAUCUUGUUCCAAAUAUGAUUAGCAAUUCCAAUUCAUUAAUGUUGAUGAUGGUAUUAAUACUGGUUGCCACGGUGCCGGGGAUAUGCCACGGUGAAGAUGGGUGUGGAGGACACAGGUGCGGACGCCAUGGCCCUCCGAUUCGAUUCCCAUUCCGUCUUAAAGACAAGGAGCCCACUCACUGCGGUUACCCUGCCUUUGAUCUCACUUGUUCUGAUUCUCAUGACACCUUCAUUGAGUUCUCUGCUUCUCCUGUCCCACUUAAACUCCUUGUCACUGAUAUCCAAUAUGAAUAUAACUCUUUCCAAGUCUCUGACACGCAAAAUUGCCUUCCCACCCACUUGCUCAAACUCAUCAAAAAUUCUUCCUCAAUUUCUCCUUUCCAGUUCAGUUGGGAUCAGACUCUGAACGAUAUAUCUUUCUUCAAUUGUUCACCUGAUCCGCAAUAUCAACUCUCCUGCCCCAUUUACGUUGCUGACAGCUACGAUUCACUCCUCAGUUCCAAUCUCGUAUCUUGCACCAAGAUUUUUGACAUUUCUUCAACCUUCUCUGACCCAGAAUUAGUAGUUUGGUACAAUACUUUGGAUUUGUGGUGGUCGAAACCUAAUUGUAGCAUGUGUGAAACACAAGGCAAGAGAUGUAAACUGAAGAACAAUGGCACUCAAGGUGAAGUUGAGUGCUUCGGCCACCAUCAUAAUAACUUGCUCUUUGGCUCCACAGGUGUUGUGGCAGGUUUAAUUCUGCUGGCAGCAGUGGCUAUUGCAGUGUUUAAGAUCUAUCAGCAUUUUAGAAUGAAAGGAGAAGAUCGAGCAAGAAUUGACAAGUUCUUGGAAGAUUACAGGGCACUCAAGCCUACCAGAUUCUCUUAUGCUGAUGUUAAGAGGAUGACAAAUGGUUUCAAGGACAAGCUGAGUGAAGGAGGUCAUGGAGCAGUCUUCAAGGGCAUGCUCUCCUCAGAAAUCGGCGUAGCUGUGAAAAUACUCAACAGCAACACGGAGGGUGAAGGGAAAGAUUUCAGUUUCACCAACGAGGUGGGAACCAUGGGCAAAAUUCACCAUGUCAAUGUGGUUCGCUUACUUGGCUUUUGUGCGCAAGGAUUUCAUUGUGCUCUAGUUUAUGAUUUCUUUCCAAAAGGUUCAUUGCAAAACUUCAUAUCCACGCCAGAUAACAAGGACUUCUUCCUUGGAUGGGAGAAGCUUCACCAAAUUGCCCUUGGUGUUGCUAGAGGCAUUGAGUAUCUUCACCAUGGUUGUGAGCAACAGAUCCUUCAUUUUGACAUCAAUCCCCACAAUAUCUUACUUGAUGACAACUUCACUCCCAAGAUUACUGAUUUUGGGCUUGCCAAGUUGUGUUCCAAAGAUCAGAGCAAAGUUUCAAUGACAGCAGCCAAGGGAACCAUGGGCUACAUUGCGCCUGAAAUUGUCUCAAGAAACUUUGGAAAUGUGUCUUACAAAGCAGACAUUUAUAGCUAUGGGAUAUUGUUGCUUGAAAUGGUAGGAGGAAGGAAAAACAUAGAGAUGGAAGUUGAGGGGUCUUUAAGGAUUUUAUACCCCGAAUGGGUGCAUAAUUUGCUUGAUGGGGGAGAUUUUCAUGUACACAUUGAAGAUGAGAAAGACAAUAAACUUGCAAAGAAAAUUGCAAUUGUUGGACUACAAUGCAUUCAGUGGCAGCCAUCAGAUCGUCCUUCCAUCAAAACUGUCAUAAGUAUGUUAGAAGGAGAUGCAGACAAAUUAAGUGUACCUCGUAAUCUUUUCGACUUAACAAAUUCUAUUAGCAGAGGACGACGAAUAACCAACCAGAUAAGGCCUUUAAAUUUAGAGUUGGAGAGGAUUGAAGAAUCAGAUCAUUGUCAAACAAGUUCUUUCUAUAAUCACUUAUACCAAAUUAGUUGUACAAGUACAUCGGAGUUGAAAAGAGAAAAGAAAAGCAAGCUUACCAUGUGGAUAUGGUGCGAGGUAGGAAUAAGCAUAAUUUUGGUGUUACACCAAAGUUUGGCUGCCGGACAAAGGCAGAGCUGCGUCUCAUCAUCGUGCGGCAAAAUUGCAAACAUAAGUCAUCCUUUUCGACUGAAAGACGACCCAGCGAAUUGCGGGGACAGCAAGUACGAACUAGAAUGCGUGAACGGCGUGGUCAUGUUACGGUUAACAGAGGAAGCAGAGUACAAAGUGGAAUCCAUAAAUUACAACAACUACACAAUCAGGUUAGUAGAUCCCAACAUUCAAGAGGAUAAUUGCUCCUCCCUCCCCCGCUACUUCUUGUACAGAUUCAAUUUCAGCGAUGACCCCUACCGGCCAGACAGCCAAUACCCUGUUUCCAAUCAUUGGGAUGUCGAUAACGCAUACCAUGCCACUCAAAUGCAAGGCCCACAUCUUGGAGAUUAUAUCCCCCUAUUUGAGCACAUAAUAUACGUGAACUGUAUCACAGCAGUGAGAGACGUGGACAAGAAUAACGCUUCUUCCUCCUGCUUGGAUCUGAAUACAUACGUAGUUGCUGGGGAAUUGGGAGCCACAGGAUCGAGAUGGAAGCCUGGAUGCCGCAUCAACAAAAUUGCUGCCACCUCUGGCUUGUUUCAAUUCCAAAAACAGCAGCCCUACUAUGGUUGGGAACGGAAGGGUGAAAUGGAAAUUGAUGUCGAUGAUCCAAUAGCAUACAGUGAUGUUCAUAAGGCGCUGGCUUAUGGAUUUGAGGUCUCAUGGUUGCAUGCUAUUUGCCAUGAGCACCACUGUGGACCGGGAGCUUGCUACUUCAACCACACCGCUCAAAACGUUCUCUGUUAUUCUCUCUGUUCUUAUUCAUACGGAGGAGCCCGCCCCUGUGGGUUUUGGAAGCAACUUCGAAGCUACACUCUAGGUUAUUUGUAUCCGUUUUUUUACGGAAUGUACACUCUAAUAAGGUUUAAAACUCCAAAAGAUAUCUGGGAAACAUCGUUUUUGGUUCAUCCCAAGACAGCGCUCAUGGGGUGGUACGGUCUAUUAUCAUAUAUGGUAAUAAGGAUUCUGUUCGGGGUUGCAUUAUUAGUUGUGUUAUUGAUCUACAAAUGGCGAAGAAGAAAUUUAUCAACGUAUGUGAAUAUUGAGAAUUUCCUACAAGAUAAUCACCUCGCUCCCAUAAGGUACUCAUAUAGAGAAAUUAAAAGUAUGACACAAAAUUUCAAGGUCAAAUUGGGCCAAGGUGGUUUCGGCUCUGUGUACAAGGGAAAAUUACGCAGUGGUCCUCAUGUAGCAAUAAAGAUGUUGAAACAGUCCAAGACUAAUGGUCAGGAUUUUAUUAAUGAGGUUGCAACCAUUGGGAGAAUACAUCAUAUGAAUGUAGUUCGACUCAUUGGAUUUUGUGUUGAAGGAUCAAAGCGUGCUCUUGUUUAUGAUUUCAUGCCUAAUGGUUCACUUGAUAAAUAUAUUUUCUCUAAGGAAGAAAGCAUUCAUUUGAGUUCUAAGAAAAUAUAUGAGAUAUCUGUGGGAGUAGCUCGUGGGAUUUCAUAUCUUCAUCGGGGUUGUGCUAUGCAAAUUCUACACUUUGAUAUCAAGCCCCAUAAUAUCCUUCUUGAUGAAAACUUCAUCCCCAAGAUUUCAGAUUUUGGAUUAGCUAAAUUGUAUCCCAUAGAUCGUAGCAUUGUCACUUUAACUGACAAAAGAGGAACCAUUGGCUACAUUGCUCCGGAAUUGUUUUACAAUAACCUUGGUGGAGUCUCCUAUAAAGCUGAUGUUUAUAGCUUUGGAAUGUUGUUGAUGGAAGUGGCAGGUAGAAGGAAGAAUUUGAAUCCACAUGCUGAAAAUUCAAGCCAAGUAUUCUUUCCAACUUGGGUCUAUGAACAAGUUAGCAAAGGAAAAGAAGUUGAAUUGGAUUGUAAUGGAACAGAAGUUGAAAAGAGUAUGGCAAAGAAGCUGAUCAUAACUGCAUUGUGGUGUAUACAACUCAAACCUUCCGAUCGACCUUCAAUGAACCAUGUAGUAGAGAUGCUUGAAGGAGAACUUUACAAUCUAACAAUGCCUCCGAAGCCUUUGUUAUAUCCAACUGAAAACUUGAAUUCUGAACAAACCAGAGCAGGUCACUCAACAAAUGCUGCAGGUGAUUUUGGUGAAACUAUCACUAGUAAUGCUACACUAGAGAAUAGCUUAUCUGGUCGAAAUUGACUAUAGUGUCAAGUAGUUUGAUUUCUCAUUCUUGUAAAAUAAUCUUUCGAAACCAGUUUAUGUUAUCAUGUUAUGCAAAGAUAAUUUUUAAAGAAAUACACAUCUAUGCUGCACAAGCAUGGCAUAUACUUGAAAA